AUGUCUUCAAAUUAGAAUUUAUAAUUUCUUCAGGAACGACUAUUUUCUUCAUAAGAGCUUAGAUAUCUGUAAUCUGCUACAUUAUCAACCUUUUUGAGUUUUAAUUAGCAAGGCUACUCAGAUUCCACUUCAGUAGUCUCUGCUAUAGGGGCAUUUAUUGCUUGUGUUACUAUUACUCUUUUAGUAGUUACAAUUUACUUCAGUGUCAAAGUUUACAAAUACGGAGAAAAAUAAGCAAAUAUUAAAUAGCCUCAAUAGUAGCAAUAAUAGCAAGAUUUAGCAACAUUUUCACGCCUUAAAACAGGAGAUCCAGAAGCCUAAUUUAUUAAUUAGCCUGUGAAUUUCGAAAAAGAUCCCUCCCAUCAUUAAUAACCUCACUGGGAGCAUUCCUCGGCGAAAUUAAAUCUGGAUGGGAAAAAUUAAUCCUAAAAAUAAAACCCAGUAAAUGUUAAUAGCAUAUAGAAAUAGGAUGAAGAAGAUGAUUUCAUAUAAAUAUCUCCAUAACCUAUUAUUGAUACUGUUGACAAGCCUGCUCCACUAAAUAACGCUGUAAUGGGUCCUUCAAAUGCAAUUAAUAGACUAAUUAAUAAAAAAUUGAAGCAAGGCCUUGAUAUUCAAGCCAGAGAUCUUGAUGAUAUUGAUGUCAAAAUUGAUCAUGAUCUAGAAGUAGAAGAGUAAAAAUUAUAAGGUAAAAAAGAACAAAUCUAAAAGCAUCAAUAGCCAUAGUAAUAGCAAGAAUUAAUAAAACAGUAACAAGUAAUAUAGAAGUAGCCUGUUCAAUCAAACAAUAGCUCUUCUCAGUAGUUCAAAAAAUCAGCUGAGAAUUCUUAAUAAAGAUUAUAAUAAUACAAGCAAGUGGAAUAAGAUUCAUAACAUAAUGAAAGUAUCGAAGACAGAAAUUCUGAUUCCUUACUAAAGGGUGUUGUUAAAAAGUCGAAGGUAGAUUAGUAGCUAAUCAUUCAAAAUAAAUAAUAGAACAAUAAUAAAAACCUUGCAAAUGAAAUAGAAAGAGAGUCUUAGAACUCUAAAAUAAAAGCAAACUAAACCAAGAUAUCUGAAUAUCAAUAAUAAGAUGUUUCAAAUGAUACCCUAAAGCGCUAGAAAAAUAUAAUAAAAAAUGACUCAAAGGAUAAAAUAGGGGCAGCUUUAGAAGACUAACUUUAAUAAGAGAACGAUGUCAGCUAAUAUUCUUACUUUAGUGAGGAUGAUGAUGCUGACGGAAUCGAGGUUGCAGAAAAUAAAAAGUCAAAUCAAAAUAUUAAAGCUGGCUAAAAGAAGAGAGAAAUUAGCCUUGACUAAUCUCAAGCAAGCUAGAAUUAUGGAACUAAAAGUAAAGAGGAAUAGGAUUAAGCUGUUGGAGGUAGGCGAGCAUGA